GCUUUUGGGGGAUAAAACCCACAGUUUGGGAGUGGAGAGGGUUAUUACAGAGCAGGAUGGCCCGGAGGAAGGUACCUCUGCUCUUGCAUGGAUUUCUCCUGCUGGUUCUGUGUAGAUCCUCCCUUCAAGGAGGAAUCUACAUACCAGCUGGUGCAGGGGGAGGAACUGGAGCUGGAUUAGGGGCUGGUGUUGGAACUGGAGCUGGACUAGGCAUUGGAACAGGUCCUGGCGGUGGACUUGGUGCUGGAAUCGGGGGUGUAGGGCCAGGAGUUGGUCCUGGAGGAGUUGGAACUGGAUUAGGUCUAGGUACUGGUCUCGGAACAGGAUCAGGAACUGGCAUCAGACCUGGAAUUGGUGCUGGAGGUCUUGGGGGAAUUGGGCCUGGUGGUGGAGGGCUUGGUACAGGAGGACUUGGUACUAGUGGAUUAAGCACAGCAGGACUUGGAACAGGGCCAUUUGUCAAGCCUCCUAAAACAGGAGCAUAUGGAGGUCUACCAGGAAUUGGAACAGGUGGUACAGGUGUUGGUCUUGGAGGCCUUGGAUUGAGGCCAGGGGGUGCUGGUGUUGGAGGUUUAGUACCUGGUGGCUUUGGUGUUGGUACAGGGGUUGGAGGUACUGGCACAGGAGUCCCAGCAGUUGGUGUGGGCACUGGAGUAGGAGGACUUGGCAUUGGUGGAGUUGGUCCAGGGGGUGUUGGAAUAGGUGUGGGAGGAAAGCCCCCCAAAACAGGUGUCAGCACUGGAGGAUUAGGACCUGGUGGUGUUGUUCCAGGUGGUAUCAGACCAGGUGGCAUUGUCCCAGGUGGUGUUGGGCCAGGAGGAAUUGUCCCUGGUGGUGUUGGACCAGGAGGAAUAUUCCCUGGUGGCGUUGGACCGGGCGGAAUUGUUCCUGGUGGUAUUGGACCAGGAGGCAUUGUCCCCGGUGGUGUUGGACCUGGUGGCAUUGUGCCAGGAGUAGGCAGAAAACCUGGAAAACCAGGUUAUGUUGGGCCUGGGGGUGGUGGUGGGCCAUUUGGAACAGGAACUCUAGGAGCAGGAGAUCCCAGGAUUGGUGCUAUUCCACUUACACCAGGAGGUGCUGGAACAGGCUACCCAUCAGGUGGUGGCUAUGGUGGAUAUGGUGGGCCUGGAGGUAUUUAUCCUGGAGCCGCAGGUCAGAAACCACUAAAACCAGGAGUUGGACCAGGAGGUACAGGAACUGGUCCAGGUGGUGCUGGAUUUGGACUUGGGGGUGCUGGAGUUGCCCCUGGCGGUGUAGGGAUUGGACCAGGGGGAACAGGACUAGGUCCAGGUGGAGCUGGAGUUGGGACUGGAGGUGUGGGAAUUGGACCUGGUGGCACUGGAACUGGAGUAGGAAUUGCACCUGGUGGAUCACCUUUUCUCCCACAAACCGGACUACCAGGAAUUGGGCCAGGCACUGGAGGUAAAGUUGGAAAGCCUGGGAAGGCACCAGUACCAGGUGUUGGGAUUCCUGGCCUAUACCAAGGGGGUAUUGUUCCUGGACAGGGCUUUGGUGGUAGAGGAGUUCUGCCAGGUGUAGCCACAGGAACGCAAACUGGGCAGCUUGGUCAAGGUGCACUUGGAGCCAAUGGUCGUGGAGGUUUUGGUCAACAAAUACCUGGCGUGUUUGGUGGAUAUCCUCUUAUAUCACCAAAGUCUGGAGGUGCAGCAAAGUCUCAGGCUAAAGCUGCCAAGUAUGGGGCUGCUGGUGUUCCUGGUCUAGGUGGUGGGCUUGGUGUAGGAGGAGUACCUGGUGCCGGUGGUAUAACAGGUACAGGUGGUGUGCCAGGAAUAGGUGGUGUACCUGGUGCAGGAGGUGUACCUGGAAUAGGCAGUGUUCCAGGUGCAGCUGGUAUACCAGGUGUUGGAGGCAUUCCUGGAUCUGGGGGAGCAACUCAGGGGGGCUUUUAUCCAGGAGCUGGUGGCAUCUAUCCUGGGGGAGCUGGGGCUAAGGCUCGAAAGUAUGCCUUAGGGUUAGGAACUGGUGGACUUCCUGGUUCUGGUGUGGGACUAGGAGGACUUGGAACUGGGGGACUUCCUGGUUCUGGUGUGGGAGUAGGUGGUUUUGGAGCUGGGGGACUUCCUAGUUCUGGUGUGGGAGUAGGAGGUCUUGGAACUGGAGGACUUCCUGGUUCUGGUGUGGGAGUAGGAGGUCUUGGAACUGGAGGACUUCCUGGUUCUGGUUUGGGAGUGGGUGGUCUUGGAGCUGGUAGACUUCCUGGUUCUGGUGUGGGAGGGGGUGGUCUUGGAGCUGGAGGACUUCCUGGAUCUGGAAUUAGUCCCGAAGGAUAUGCUGCUGCUAAAGCAAGAAAAUAUGCUCAGCUUGGGCGUGGUGGGACUUUAGGUACUGGAGGAUUACCAGGUGGAGCAGCUGGUGUUGGACUUCCUGGUGGAGGUCUUGGGACUGCUGGGCAACUUGGAGGUGGACUUGGAACUGGUGGACUUGGAACUUAUGGUCUACCUGGAGGUGGGCUUGGUGGAUUACCUGGUGGAGGCACUGGUGGGAUUCCUGUUGGUGGAACUGGUGGACUCCCUGGUUCUGGAACUGGAUAUGCAGACGCAAAGGCUCGAAAAUAUGCUCAGCUUGGACGUGGUGGGACCUUAGGCAUUGGAGGAUUACCAGGUGGAACAGCUGGUGUUGGAGUUGGUGGACUACCUGGUGGAGGCCUUGGGACUAGUGGACAACUUGGAGGUGGACUCGGAACUGGGGGGCUACCUGGAGGUGGACUUGGGACUGGUGGGCAACUUGGAGGUAGACUUGGAACUGGUGGGCUACCUGGAGGUGGAAUUGGUGGAUUACCUGGUGGAGGAGCUGGUGGGCUUCCUGGUGGUGGAGUUGGAGGACUCCCUGGUUCUGGAAUUGGAUAUGCAGAUGCAAAGGCUCGGAAAUAUGCUCAGCUUGGGCGUGGUGGGACCCUGGGAACUGGAGGAUUACCAGGUGGAGCAGCUGGUGUUGGACUUGGUGGACUACCUGGUGGAGGUCUUGGGACUGGUGCACAACUUGGAGGUGGACUAGGAACUGGAGGAUUACCUGGAAGUGGGCUUGGUGGAUUACCUGGUGGAGGAGCUGGUGGGCUUCUUGGUGGUGGAGCUGGAGGACUCCCUGGUUCUGGAAUUGGAUAUGCAGAGGCAAAGGCUCGAAAAUAUGCUCAGCUUGGACGUGGAGGGACCUUAGGUACCGGAGGAUUACCAGGUGGAGCAGCUGGUGUUGGACUUGGUGGACUACCUGGUGGAGGUCUUGGGACUGGUGCACAACUUGGAGGUGGACUUGGAACAGGUGGACUAGGAACUGGAGGGCUACCUGGAGGUGGACUUGGUGGAUUACCUGGUGGAGGAGCUGGUGGACUUCCUGGUGGAGGAGUUGGAGGACUUCCAGGUUCUGGAACUGGAUAUGCAGAGGCAAAAGCUCGAAAAUAUGGUCUACUUGGUAGAGGUACAGGUUUAGGUCCAGGCACUGGAUUAGCUGCAGGUAUUCCAGGUGGAUUACCAAGCACCGGUAUCGCACCAGGUGGGGCAGGGGGGUUACCAGGAUCUGGAGUUGGACAAGGAGGCAUCCCUGGUGUAGGUUAUGGUCCAGGAGGUGUACCCAGUGGUGGCUUUGGACCAGGGAGUGUUCCUGGAGGUGGAUAUGGACCUGGAGGAAUUUCCGCAGCCAAGGCUCGCAAAUAUGGAAUUACUGGUGGAACUGGUGGAAUAGGAUUGCCAGGAGGAUUAGGGGGACAACUUGGUAGUGGAACAGUGCCGGGCGUUGGAGCUGGUGGUGGAACACCAGUUGCAGGUAUUGGACCAGGGGGUGUACCAGUCGGUGGCUAUGGACCAGGAGGAGUACCGGCAGGUGGUUAUGGGCCAGGAGGAGUACCGGCAGGUGGUUAUGGACCAGGAGGAAUACCGGCAGGUGGUUAUGGACCAGGAGGAGUACCGGCAGGUGGUUAUGGACCAGGAGGAGUACCUGCAGGUGGUUAUGGGCCAGGUGGAGUACCUGCUGGAGGAUUUGGUCCAGGAUCUGGAGCCUAUCCAGGUGGACCAAAAGCCUUAAAAUAUGGUCCUGGUGGGAGUGGAGGGAUUCCAGGACUUGGCCUGCAGGGUCAGGUGGGAACUGGUCCAGCAGGAGGACUUAGUACAGGAGCAGGGCAAGUUGGUAGUUUUGGUCCAGGGACUGUAGGAGGUCCUGGGUCUGGAUUUGCUGGAUCAGGACUGCCUAAUAGUGCUGUGGGAGCAGGAAGUAGAGGAGGGCUUGGGCCUGGGUAUGGAACAGGAGCUGGAGGAUAUGGACCUGGAUCAAAAGCAGCUAAAUAUGGUUUACCUGGGUUUGGAGGUGCUUUAGGAACAGGUGCUUUACCAGGUGCUGGAACAGGAGUGGUAGCAGGAACUGGAGGGUAUGGAGGAGCACAAAAACCACCUAAAUAUGGACAACCAGUUGGUGGGGUUGGAAGUGUGCCAAGUGGGUCAGUACCAGCAUCUGGCGGAACUGGGAUCACUGGAACUGGAAUUUCAACUGGAGGAACAGCAAUUCCAAUUGCUACUGGCACAGAUCGUGGAGCAGGUCUCAGACCUGGAGUGAUUGGCAGUCCUGAUGGUGGAACCCGUGGCACUGGAGAAGCUCAAGGUGGAACCAAAGCACCUAAAACUGAAUCUGGAGGACCAGUAGAGGGAUCAGGUGUUACUGGUGGGCCCAUUGAUGCAGAUAGCCUUUAUGGAGUUGCCGGGACUGGAAUACCCAUCUUAGCUGGAGAAAGACCAGGUGGAACGGGAGUACCGCGACCAGAAAUUGGUGAUAGUGGAACAUUACCAGGAGCCAAACCACUUAAACCCCCAGGCACUGGGGGUGGAGCAAUUGCUGGACGUGGAGAUACCCCGGGCACUAUUGAAGGAGGACCUGGAAGUAUAGGCAGUGGAAUCGGUGGGGUUGGUGGAGGUCCAGGGGGAGUUGGUGCGACACCAGGUGGAGUUGGUGGAGUCCAAGGGGGUGUUGGUGGAGUUCCAGGUGGGGUUGGUGGAGUUCCUGGUGGAGUCCCAGGUGGAGUUGGUGGAGUCCCUGGUGGAGUUGGUGGAGUCCCAGGUGGAGUUGGUGGAGUCCCAGGUGGAGUUGGUGGAGUCCCUGGUGGAGUUGGUGGAGUCCCAGGUGGAGUUGGUGGAGUCCCUGGUGGAGUUGGUGGAGUCCCAGGUGGAGUUGGUGGUGGACUGACAGGAACUGGAGGAGUUAAACCUCCAAAAGUUUAUGGAGGUGCAGGUGGAACUGGAGCUCUUGGAGUUGGAGGUGUUGGUGGAUUGGGUCCAGCUGGUGGGGGAGGAGCUGGACUUCUGCCAGGAGGUGGUGGUCUGCUUCCAGGAGGUGGAGCUGCAGGCACAGGAUUUGGACUGCAGAAACCAGGAAAAAGUUAUGGUGGAGCUGGAAGCUUAGGAGCUGGUGGGAUCCUACCUGGGACUGGCAUCAGAUUCCCCAGUGGGGCUGCAGUGGGCAGCAAACCAGGAAAAGUUUAUGGAGCAGCAGGCACACUUGGUGGGCUUGGAGGCCCAGGUGGAUAUGGAGCAGGACCUGGCAGCUAUGGAGGGGGUCCAGGUGGUUAUGGAAGUGGUCCGGGCAGUGCUGGUGGACUCGGAGGACCUGGAUUUGGUGGCCUUGGUUAUGGUCCUGGCGGAGUAAAACCACCUAAAACCUAUGGAGGAGCUGGAGCACUGGGUGGGGCUGGACGAGGAGGAGUUGGUGGAGGUCCUGGAGGACUCGGCGGUGGUCUAGGUGUUGGACCAGGGGGUGCCGGUGGCAUUGGGGGUAGUCUAGGAGUUGGACCAGGAGGUGUUGGUGGAGGUCCUGGAGGAGUUGGAGGACUGGGUGGAGGGUUUGGAGGUUUAGGUGGAGUUGGCGGAGGCACAGGAGGAACUGGUGGAGGUCUCAGGUACCCAGGGGGAGCAGGAGCAGGGAAACCUGGUAAAGCAGGCUUUGGCACAGGGGCACUAGGUGGCCAAGGCUAUCAGCCAGGUGGUGGUGUACCAGGAUAUGGAACUGGCGCAGGUCCAGGUGCAGGAUAUCAACAACAAUAUCCAGGUUAUGGUGGUCUUGGUGCUGGUGGUCCUGGAAGUGCUCCACUUACACCUCAGCAAUCAAAAGCUGCCAAAUAUGCAGCUCUUCAAGGCUUUCUUGGAGCAGGAGGCUACAGAGGAGGCGCAGGAUGUCAAGGCAAAUACUGCGGCAGGAGGAGGAAGUAACAAUCCAGCCGAUAGAAGUGACCUCAUAAAUAAGUGGUGCUACUGCCUGAUCUCAAAUGCACUUUUUACAGUCUAAAAGUGCCUCAUUGCAAUAUGUGAGAGCGAGAGAGAUUUGGACUUGCAUUACAGGAAUUUUGCAGCCGUAGUAUUAGAUGUGAACCUCUCAAGGCACUUGUUGCACUGCCUCGACUCCCUUUACUUAUGUCACAAUGCUUUGCUUUUACAAAUGUAUUUUUUUUUUUCAGUUAAAUCAGCCAUUUUAGCAUUACAUUUUUAACUUAUACAGUGCUGGCUGUACAUCUCUUCAGCUGCACACUUAAACUUAGCCGAAUAUUGAGACGCAUUUCAUCUGUAGACACACCGCUGCUAUUUCAGGAUGAACUGUGACAGACUGGUAUGGCAAGCCAUUAAGACAUUUAAUCUCCAAACCCACUAGUCGAUUUUCAAAAAUUCAUUUUUUUUGUUAGAUGCUAGUAUCUUUUUCAGUCCUUAUUCUUUAUCUAAUGAUUAUUCUUUAGAUACUAGAGCCUUUUUUUAAAUAUACUAGUAUUAUUAUAUACUGUAUUUAUUAAUCAGAUUCUAGUUUAUAUAAUAGUACUUAUUCAUUAGAUACUAGUAUUUAUUUAUUAGAUAUUUGUCCUUAUUCAUUAGGUAAUAAUACAUAUUUCAUUAGUGAAUAAUAACUAUUCUAUUUUUACUUCAAAUUAGAAUUUAAUUAGAAUUUGUACAUUCAAAUUCACAUUUGCAAAUGAUUUUUGCAACAGCCACAGCCAUAUAAACCCCUAUGAGCCCCUGGUCAGUACCUGGAUGGGAGACCACAUGGGAAAGCAAGGUUGCUGUUGGAAGUGGUGUUAUUGAGGCCAGCAGGGGGUGCUCAAACUGUGGUAUGUGUGGGACCUAAUGCCCCAGUAAAGUGAAGGGGACGCUAUACUGUCAGUGACCGCUGUCUUUCGGAUGAGACGUUAAACCGAGGUCCUCACUCUCUGUGGUCAUUAAAAAUGCCAUGGCACUUGUAAAAAUCGUAGGGGUGUAACCCCAGUGACCUGGCCAAAUUCCCUCUAUCGGCCCUUACUGAUCAUGGCCUCCCAAUCAUCCCUAUCCACAGAAUUGGCUCUAUUGCUGUCUCUCCACUCCACCUAUAGCUGGUGUGUGAUGAUUAAGUAUACUACUGUCUAUUUAAAAGUUACUAGAAUCUAUUAAAUAAGAACUAGUGAAACAAAAAUCGAUAGUGUGUUUUAUAGAUUAAAUGUUAAACCGGCUUGCCACAGCAACAUUAUUGUUUAUGUACCGGAAAGUAUGGGGAGUCUAUUUUCUUUUUAGCUGUGUGCGUAUGAGUUCACAAAUUCAUAUGUUGUACUCUCCAGCAGCUUCAGUCAUUAGUCACACAAAGAAAUGGGAUUAAGGCAUGCAAUGUUUUUUAGUUUUUUUUAUAAGAACAAAAUGCUUGUCGUAACUGCAGUAGACAGCAUCUAAGUGUACUGAGGAUUAUAAGCUGUUGUCUUCAAUGAUACCUCAGGAACUUGAAGAGCUCUCUUUUCAGUAUCCUGACCUUAUAAAACUUUGUUUUGUUUGUUUGUCUUGAUGUAACUCUUAUUAAAUUAAAAUGUUGUGUUUUUAAGGAUAUCUGUGCAUCUAAUCAGACCUGUUUUGUGUUUUUUGAAUGGUCUUCUUGUUUUUGUAUAAGUGCAACUAUUCAAAUGUGACCUGAAAGUCAGUUCAUUUAGUGAAUAUUUUUUCUUCACUUUUGUACACUUCCAACUUUUGUGAAAAUAAAACCCAUUCACAUUUUUGUAUGACCUUUGAUUUUAUUUGGGCCUUUUAUCCCUCCUUCGUUUCUCAAAAUAAAUAGUA